GGUCGUGCUGAGGAGUUCGGCGGCACAAAGCAGCUCGACCAACCUGCUAUAUGUACAUACAGUAUAGAUCUUUUCCUCUCAUCUUCGUCUACUCCAAGUGUCCGUCUCUCGUCUUCGACCCCGAGUCGCAAUAGAGGAUGGCAGCUAUGGGAUUGACGAAGUAAUAUCUCAAGAGCGGAUGGCCAGCAGUGAGAUACGCCUGCUACACCGCUCGAUGACAGCUACGAGACCAACCGGCGUCAAUCACUUUGGCUGGAAAGGUUCACCGAAUACGGCUUUCUCGGGAGGAUCUGCUGGUGCGCCUGAACUGCUUGGUGACGGAUACGAGACAGAAAACCUGCCGGGCAUCUACACGGGAUCCAUGCCACGUCUUCACCCAGAAAUGCCAGGGGGCCCCUACGGAAUCCCGGUGGAUCUCCAGCCUUUCCAUCAACUUCAUCCGUUGGAUCUGUACGCACUGGGUCACGCAUUGCUCCGAGCGACGAGCGGCAGGGUGCAGAACAGAGGACCAGUGUACGGAGAUAGCCUUUACGGUGUUCCUUCUGGAAAUCACUGGAAUCCAGUAAUGUUGGAGGCCAGCGAGGAUGAGGAUUUGUCUGUUAAAGGUCAAGGCCGACCAAAUUCAAGACGGAAGAGAAGUACGGAACAGUGGGGAGGAGAUGAAUCUCCCAGCAGAAGACAUGGACGGAAAGGACGGAAAGGACGGAAAGGACGGAGAGGACGUCGACCAGCUUUUGAACAAGCACCUUUUGGCCAAACAACUUCUGAUGGUAAUCUAAUGCUUGGAAGACUGCACCACUGCCCUGGGAAAAACGCAAUUAAACUAAAAUUACCGGUUACACUCAAGAAAUAAAAGAGCGACAUAAUUUUCUCUCAUUGCUUUAAGUACAAAGCAUUUAUUUUGUUAUCUGCUGGCAAACUUUGCUUGGCGGCUUGCGUCACAGUAUGCUAAUGUAACACUUUUUAAAUGCCGCACAACACCUCCGACGUGUCUGGUCUGAAAAGCAGAAACAUGCCCCUUGAUUUAGUGCAGUUAUGAAAAGAACGUGCACAACUCAAACAUAUGGGCACUGCGAAAUAGUAAAAGAAGUGAAUUUAAUCUUGUGCAUAAAGCCCCUAUGCAU